AUGGAUGGACUGUCGGUUGCGUCUGGGGUCAUCGCUGUGGUAUCACUGGCAGCCCAGGUUGGAAGUGGUAUCAAGAAACUUUGUGACUUUUGGGAUUCGGUGAAGGACUGCCCAAAGGAUGUCCGAACCAUCGCCAAACAGCUGAACAUUAUCUCACACAUCGUCGAUGGCAUUCGUGAAGAAGCUUCUACGUUGCAGGCUCAGUCGAGGGCAUUAUCUCCAACACAUGCGGCAUUAGGUUCAUGUGCUGAGAGCAUCCAGACACUUGAAGAGAUGAUUGUUGAGUCUCAGCGUGGUUUGGUAUCUAGGAAGAAGCGUAGGCGGACAUGGGCUGCAAUCAAAUUUGCGUGGAAUGGAGAUAAAUUAAAAAAGUACCAAGAUGUUCUCAGCCAGAUGAAGUCGACCUUAAUACUAGCAACACAACAUUCGAAGAACCAAUUCCAACAGCAGGGCCUUGCGAAUAUCACUCAAGGAGUAGCUGCGCUCUUACAGCAGCGAUCACAAGGUACAAUGAACGUGUCUAGCGAUAGCCAAGGCAUAAACGACCACCUCAAGGCUCUGAGAGGAGAGUGCCACAAGGUGUCUGCUGGUAUAUCCAAUCCGGUUACUAGAUAUGGGUUUGAGAACAUGAUGAACACAGCCUUGUUCCAGUUUCAGAAGGACUUCAAGCUAGUCACUCGGGAGACAGCACUUGCUGGACAAAAUCUCCCAUGGUUUCCGUCUCAGCUUCAGCGACCGAAAAGCCGAGAAGAUCUUCGCCGUCUCAAUAUCGAGGGACAAGAACAUACAGUUCAACAUCCAGCAGCUACCUGGGCACUGUACAUGGAGGCACCUGCUGAGCUUAACGAGCCAGAUGACGACGCAGAAGAAAUUACCCCAGAUCAUUUCCAAACCAUAAUCACGUUUCAUCCAUCUCAAUGGCUGCUACGUUUUGGCUUAAGCUUUGGUAUUCAGGUGUUACUGGGGACGUCUAACGAAGGGCUUAAUUGGGGUUUGAAGUCUUAG